CCUCGCCAGGGCGCGUGCGCGCAUUGGCUCAAGGGCGGCGUGGGCGUUCCGAGGCGCGCCGCUGUGCUCUCGGAACGUUUGCGUGCGGCAGGCCCCCCGCCGCAUGGCCGCGCCGCUCCCGGCCGGCGCUCUCGCGCAGGACCGACGCCCGGCCGGAGCCCGAAGUCCCCGCGCAGGCGGGGCGGGCCGUCAGGCAGCAGGGGCUCCUCCGCGGCCUGGGGCUGGCGGUGCGCUCGCUCUGCCGGCCGGCGCAGGACCAGAGCAUGGCAACAGCAGCCCGCUCUUGAGGCGCAUGGUCUCGGCGCCGGCGGCCGCUGGGCGCAUGUUCCCGUCCCCCAGCGACGCCUGGUCCGGCCUGGCGCUCCUCCGCCCGCGCUCCCCGCCCGCGGCCCGGCGCGGCGGUGGGGCCCCAGGCGGCGACAAGGCGGCGAGGCGCUGGUACAGGGUCAGCGAGCUGCCCGACAGCGAGCUGAUGAGCCUGCGCCGCGUGUCCGGGCCGCCCUGGGCGGCCGCGCAGCAGCCUGCGGAGGCGGAGAGCGGGCCGCGGCGGGGGGCCAGGAGGGCCAUGAGCUUGUCGACGACGAAUGCGCCCGCGCUCGGGCCCCACGCCGACAGGGCCGAGGA